GCAGCCCUUGGAGCUCACCUUUCCUGCCGCGACCAUUGCACGGCUACAAGACACUCACUCCGCCCACAUCUGCUCCCACUGUAUCCUCGGACUUGCACGGGCGCCGCGAACACACUGCACCUUGGGCGCAUGGGCUGCUGCAUAUAAGAAUCAGGGCUGCGUUGCAGGCCGAAGGCGCGUCUCGCUGAAGCACGCGCGUUGCCUACCGUACACUGUCGACUCUUGACUGGGCCGCUCAGUACACAGACAAUAGAGUCGCAUAAUAGCAAGGACGACGGUCCUAUCUUCACCUUGUCUCGAUCUCCACCGUUGAACCGUGCAACCCAUCCACACCGCGCAUCUACUCCACUGUAUCCGCCGUACAACGCGCAACAUGUUCUUCCUCAAAGAGCUUGAGAAGACCAUCCAGCUGCAUCCCUCGUACUUUGGCCCGCUCAUCCGUCAGCACAUCCACCGCGAGCUGCUACAAAAAGAGGAGGGAUCGAGCACGGGAAAGUACACCAUUGUGUGCAUUCUGGACUCGUUCGACAUUUCCGAUGGCAAAGUGAUGCCUGGCUCUGGCUCUGCCGAAUACGUUGUCCACUACAAGGCGGUCGUAUGGCGGCCAUACAAGGGCGAGGUGAUGGACGGCAUUGUCACCUCAGUACUCCGUACUGGCUUCUUCGUCGACUGUGGAUCUUUGCAGGCCUUUGUGGGACGCAGUAUGAUCCCCGCUGAAAUCAAGUUCGACGCGAACGCUACACCCCCGCAGUGGACCGACGACGGAGAGCAGGUCAUUGAGAAGGGCACCAACAUCCGCAUAAAGAUCAAGGGUCUAAGAUCAGAGGUGGACAAGAUGUAUGCGGUCGGCACCAUGAAGGAGGAUUAUCUUGGCCCAUUACCAUCAUAGACGGAUAAAUCGACGGUCAUUGGCAGUAUGCGCCAUUCUAGAGGGCCAGUGCGCGAGCAGUCUAAUCAAGCGGUCAUCUUCACUGCAGAACAGAUGUCAUUAUUCGGUGGAACCAUCUGACAAUCCAUCCACAAACCGACACCGUCGUAGAAACAUGAAGCGUAAUAACGGAUUCUUGGCUGUAUCAGUGUCCGUAGGGAGUAAGGCAAUUGCUCAAUUGGUUCAAAGUUUUGCGGGAUCAGAGCAGAUGAGGGCUGCACGGAAGCGAGCAGCGGAAGAAAAGUAUACUUUCUAGAUUUGGCACAGUUUGUAGCGCCAUUCUUCCAAUAGUUUCCCUGAGGAGGCUUGAAUAGAAACGAGUACCAAAAUCCCAUUAUAGUGCAAG